UUAUAAACCCAAAAGGCCAACCAAAGCGAAGUGGACGCUGGUAGUGGUAAAUGGCAGUUCGAAGCCUGAGCUUAUUUACAGCCGUCCGAUUCGAAGCCCCCAAAUCCAACGGUGCUCCUCUUCCUCAUACACGGCAUCAAGACCCUUUGCCCCGACUCUCCGUCACCAAGCCCUCUUGGGUCGUCCGCACAGAGUCAAAUGUUCACAGAGAAGUAAGAAGGAAGCCGGAUCCACCUUGUGAGGUCUGCACAGGGAGUGGAAGGGUCAAUUGCCAUGAUUGUUAUGGAACAGGGAGGACAAACUCAGUUGACAUGCGAAUACUCCCCAAAGGGGAAUGGCCAAAAUGGUGCAGGACUUGUGGUGGAAGUGGUUUAGGUUACUGCUCCCGCUGCCUUGGGACUGGAGAGUAUCGAUAUAUAAUGGGCUUUCAAUUCAUGAAGAUGGAUUCUUCUCAUAACCGAGACAACAAGAAUGAGGUUCAAAGGAAUCAAGACCGCCGUACUGCUGCAGAUUUCUAUGAAGAAUAGUUAACUUUAGGCCCUAAAAUGUGAAAGCUCAGUCGGAGUAGAAAACAACCCUUGUGUAUAGAGCAGAUUUGCUAAGAACGGUAAUAAAAUAGGGAGGGAAAAGCAGAGGUGAGAAAGAGAGAUAGCAACCCAUGUUGUAUUUAUACAUAUCAGUAGACAGAGUCUAUUCUGUGCCAAAAUUUGGUUAUGCCAAGUGGAAAUGCUAUUAAUGCAGAUAGAAAAAUGAGGGAUAUAGAGGUUCAAUUA